AUGGCAGGCAACUCAGCGAUCGAUGACCUCUUUGACUAUGAUGCGGGGAUUGAACAUUUACUACGAGAUCCAGAAGAAGACCGAAAUACUCAAGAUGCAUCCAAACAAUCUAGGGCAGUCACAGACGGCAAAAACGAUAAUUUAGGGAUUGAUGAGGAGAUUAAAGUUACAAAGAGAAGAGUACCACCCGCGAAGCUUGAUGAGACUCGCUUGCUUUCACAGGCAGGUAUUCCUAAACUCCGAAAAUCCGCGAAAACAAAACUGAAAUUCCACGGCAAACGACAUGAGUUCUCCGAUGUGGCUCAUCUGCUUAAUUUUUAUCAGCUGUGGCUUGAUGAUCUUUAUCCCCGCUCAAAAUUCGCGGAUGGACUCGAUAUUAUUGAAAAACUUGGCCAUUCGAAACGCAUGCAAGUGAUGCGAAAAGAAUGGAUUGAAGAAGGCAAGCCCGGGAGGAGUCCCUUACAUACGUCCAAUACCACGUCGAGAGACCAAGCUCCAGUAGACAUCAGCGUUGACAACCAGCCAAACCCAACGAAAGCACCUACACCUCCACUAUUUGUGGGGGGGCCGGACACAAAUCAAACAAAUAACCUGUUCGAAAGCCGUGGAAAUUCUCCUGUUCCUGAAGAUUCUACCCUCGCAUUUUCUAUAUUUGGGAAUAGCACGCAAAUACAGCAAGAUCAAGAGAGUGACGAUAGACUUUCUGUCCCUGUAGAAGGAAACCUUUCUUCUAUUCAAAAUCCACUACUAGAAGCUACCACAAAUAAACCCCAAAUAAACCAGCUAAAGUCGAUAGGGCCUAUUGAACAGAUAGUAGAUGAAGAGGAUGAUUUAGACGCUCUUCUCGCUGAAGCUGAGGGUAUAUCAAGAAUUGUCCCCGGAGACAAAGGGAUCGGUCCUGUGGUAGAGGAUUUCGAUGACGAACUCGACAUUAUGAACGAAUUUGGAUUGUGA